AUGGCUAAUAAAAAAGAUAUAGAGAGAAGAGACAGAGGUCAAGAUGGGUUUAGAGCUCCACUUGUAUCUCACGAUGAAAGAAAGGAGAAUAAUUUCAUGGUUUACCUCAGCACAUUUGUUGCAGUGUGUGGUUCUUAUGCAUUUGGAACAGGUGUUGGCUAUUCAUCCCCUACCGAGGCUGGCAUCAGGAGAGAUCUAAAUCUAACAAUGGCACAGUAUUCUUUAUUUGGGUCAAUAUUGACAUUUGGUGCAAUGAUUGGUGCCAUAGCAAGUGGGCCCAUGGCUGAUUUAUUCGGUCGUAAAGGGGCAUUGAGAAUAUCAAGUGUUUUCUGCAUAGGAGGUUGGCUAGCCAUUUAUUUUGCUCAGGGCCCUAUGCCUCUGGAUAUUGGAAGACUAGCAAAUGGAUUUGGAAUGGGAGUCUUUUCCUAUGUGGUACCUGUGUUCAUAGCUGAAAUAGCACCCAAACAAUUACGAGGCUUGUUAACAGCAGCAAAUCAGCUCUUAAUCGUUACUGGAGUGUCAGUUUCCUUUGUAGCAGGAACAAUCCUACAUUGGCGAACCAUGGCUUUGGCAGGAUUGAUUCCAUGUGGUGUUUUACUAUUGGGCCUCUUUAUUAUACCAGAAUCUCCUAGAUGGCUGGCUAAGAUAGGAAAACAAAGGGAAUUUGAUGCUGCACUAAGGAAACUUCGUGGGGAGGAAAUUGAUGUAUCUGAGGAGGCAGCUGAAAUCAGGGAAUAUAUAGAAACACUGGAAAGGCUUCCAAAAGCCAGACUAAUUGAUUUGUUUCAGAGCAGAUACUUGAGUUCUGUUAUUAUAGGAGUUGGGCUGAUGAUCUCUCAACAAUUUGGAGGAAUAAACGGAAUUUGUUUUUACGCAAGCAGUAUUUUCGCGUCUGCAGGAUUUCCUGCUGAUACUGGUACAAUAAUCUACGCUGUUCUUCAGGUUGUGGUUACCACCCUUAAUGCACUCCUUGUAGACAAACUUGGUAGAAAGCCACUCUUACUGGUUUCUUUGGUGGGGAUGACUUUGGGCUGUAUAUCAACAGCAGCUUCAUUCUACUUCAAGACUUAUCAAAUAGCUUUAGGAGUAGCACCUGCACUAGCUGUGACGGGCAUUCUGUUGUAUAUAGCAGGGUUUUCAAUAGGAAUGGGAGCAGUUCCAUGGGUUAUAAUGUCUGAGAUUUUCUCUAUUGACAUCAAAGGCGCUGCUGGUGGGCUUGUCACGCUUGUAAACUGGGCUGGUGCAUGGGCCGUUUCCUACACUUUCAAUUUUCUCUCCAAGUGGAGUUCUUAUGGUACGUUUCUUCUAUAUGCAGCAGUAAACGUAUGUUCUAUUCUGUUUGUGAUGAAAACGGUACCCGAAACAAAAGGAAAAACUUUGGAACAGAUACAAGCUGCCAUUAAUGGCUACUGACACAAAUGUC